CGCCAGCCAGGUGGUUGGGCAACCACCACCGCGGCCCCCUGAUAAGGCCCGGUGGAGUAAAAUGAAAUAUGAAUUUUAGCCCACCGGUGCAGCACUCUAGUCGCAAUCAAAAUACAAACAGGGCUUUAAGAAAUUGAACAAAUAACCAAAUUAACACUGCAAGUAACGCCAGAGGCUCACACAGUCACCCACACACCCACAAGUCUCACGCGACCAAAUCAAACAGUAGACUGUCGUUAAGACGAACUUAUAGAAGCUUUUCUAUCGAAACGAAAAUAUUAUUCGUAAAGCGAACUAUUGCAAAUUAUCAACUAACUUUAUGGAACCUAGCUGCUAGUAGAACCUGAAGAGGCUCCACUGUACCGUAAUGCACACACACUGGCGCAUAAGAUAUGGAGAAGACGUCGACGAACUCGUUUCAAUUGAGACUCUGAGCUGAAACACAAUUCAUUCCGCCGGAGAACGCGCAACCGAAAACAUUUUACGCGUCGCCUCAAAUUCCUUCGCCUUCUAAUUAAGUUUUGUUUACACUCGGAUUUUUUUAAUUCGGUUUUUUGCGUCUCCGAUAGAGCCCCCAAAAAUGGAGCAGUGGAACAAUGUGGAGCUGACGAACAUGUCCAAAAAGUCGUACACCCUGAAUCACACCUAUGACGGAGCCGAGAAGCUAAACAAGGAGAACAGCCAGGCAUCCUCCAAUGGCAACGAUCCAACCCCAGAGCCACAACCCGACACGGGCGACAGUGAUCUCCUCCAGCCAGGCUCAGAUGUCCGUCCUAAGGUGGAGGCCGACGAUGUGGAGAGCCUGCUGCGACGACUCUACGGGAUCACAAUCAGCGAAGUGAAGGAAAUCAUCGCCUACGAUGACCGAAACUUCUUCGUCAAGGAGGAUAGCAAUGUAAAAAACCCUCUGAUUGUGACGCACUGUCAAAAUGGCUACGUGCUGAAGAUCCUGAAUUCCUUGGAUUCCAAAAAGGAGAGCUUUGUAGACGCACAGAAUCAACUGCUGCUGUACUUGGGAAAACACAGUGUCAAGUGCCCCAGGCCGAUUCCAAAUGCCAGUGGAAAGUAUUAUUCUGUGGAGCGACUCAACGGAAACUCAAACGUUGUGCGCCUUCUCGAGUUUAUUCCUGCGGAGGUCUUCCACCAGGUACCGGCGACGAAGCACCUACUCUUCCGUAGCGGAGAGUACUUGGCUAGGUUGGAUCGAGCCUUGAAGAAUUUCACCCACGAAGCCUACGAGACCCAUAAAACGUUGUGGAUGCUGCAGAGCGUCCCGGAACUAAGGCAAUUCCUAUAUGUGGUGAAGGAUCAGGAGCGCCGAUUGAUAUGCGAGGAGGUCAUCGAUUAUUUUGAGUCCAAAAUCUUGAGUUUGCUGCCCACCCUCGAGCACCAGAUCAUCCAUGGAGACUAUAACGAGCAAAACAUACUUGUGGAGAAGGCGCCAAACCAAAAUGAUUACCACAUCAAGGGGGUGAUCGAUUUCGGAGACACGAGCAAGUCGCCGUUGCUUUUCGAGGUUGGAAUCGCCCUCACCUACAUGGUCCUGCAGGCCAACGACCUGGCCACCGGCGGAGUCUUUCUGGCCGGUUACAACAGUAUAAAUCCCAUAAGCAAUUCGGACCUGGGUCACCUCAAAUACUGCGUGGCCGCCCGCCUGGUUCAGAGCCUGGUGAUGGGUCUCUACACCCACACCCUGCAUCCCACCAAUGACUAUCUGUUGGUCACCCAGGAACAAGGAUGGACCCUGCUGCAGACGCUCUGGCGCGAUAGCUUGAAGGAAGUGGACGAGCUGUGGGCCACCACAGGACAUCAGUACUUGACGCAAAGCAAUAAGUAGAUAUUAAAGUGUGUACAUGAAAUUUUGAUGAACGUUUUAAAGAUCACAAUCAGUCCUGAAGUGGCCUGCAAUAUAUGUAUGUAGAUUCUGCAUCCAAUUGUCAAUUAUUAGAAUUUCACAAACAUAUCACCUUUGCACCAGAACCGUGCGGGUCAGAGUAUUGAUUGCAUUUUUUGCUUUAAAUAUUACUUUAUCCGGUAUAUUAUUAUCAUAUUCUUUACAAUAAAACUUGUUAAACAAAUACAAA